CGCCACGCGUUUGCUUUGGGGUGUGGGGUCCACGCCCCCAUAUCUUCUCUUCUGAAAUUGAGUCCCAAGUUCCAAGUUCCAACCAUUAUUUAUUUACUUUCUCUCCCUAUUCUCUCUUCCUAUAAGUAAGCAAAUCUUUUUACCGGAAAUGGUAUGCACUAGUCAUAUCAUAUACUUCUGAAAGACUUUUCAGAAGAAAUCAAAGGAUCCAAUUUCAGUUCCAGCCAUGGCUCCCAGCAAACUCAAUUCCAAUGAUGAUGCAAGUGUUUCAUCCUCACAACCUGAGAGUGGUUUUUUCAAUUCAAUUUCGCUUCUGAACUCAGAAAAGGCAGUACAGGAACUUAUUCAGCAGAAUCCAGUUAUGGGAUCUGAUGAUCACCUUAGAGAAUUCUCUGAAGCUUUGAGAACUGUUGCAAAGGCCUUGAGACGAUCUGCUGAAGGAAAAGCUGCUGCUCAAGCUGAGGCUGCUGAAUGGAAGCGUAAAUUCGAGUUAGAGAGUAAACGUAAUUUGAAUUUGGAGUGUAAAGGCUUGUCACUCAGAGAGCCGCAUAGUGAUGGUAAGAAGACAGAGACCAUUGCUUGCCAAUCUACUGAUCGAAUUGAACAGUGCUGUGGAAAUAAUGGAAUAUGCUCUCAUGAGGUUCUUCGAGAUGGAGCAACUAAUUCUGAUUUCAAGAUGGUUAACGAUAAAUAUACAAGAAAGGCAUCAUUUAAACUCUCAUGGUGUUGCAAAGGUGAACAGAGUGACCAACACCAGCAUGACAUUGUCUCGUUUGAGAAAGGAAAUAUAACAACCGCAGAGCGCAGCAGUAAACAAAUUUCUUUGAAGUGGGAAUCUGACCCACAGACUGUUCUUAUAUUGACAAAACCAAAUUCAACUUCUGUGAAACUUAUGUGUUCAGAAAUGGUCAGAUGGUUAAAGCAUAGAAGGAUGAACAUUUAUGUGGAACCACGUGUGCAAACUGAACUUCUAACAGAGUCAACUGACUUCAACUAUGUCCAUAGUUGGAAAGAUGACAGCGAAAUCACCCUCCUUCACAAAAAAGUUGAUCUCGUUGUAACUCUAGGUGGAGAUGGAACUGUCCUCUGGGCGGCAUCCAUGUUCAAAGGACCAGUUCCUCCAGUUGUCCCAUUUUCUUUAGGGUCUCUGGGCUUCAUGACUCGUUUCUACAGUGAAAGCUACAAAGAAACCCUUGAUGCAAUUUUAAAGGGACCCAUUAACAUAACAUUGCGACACCGUUUGAUAUGCCAUGUUAUCAGAGAUGCUGCUAAAACUGAGUAUGAAACUGAAGAACCAAUACUUGUUCUGAACGAGGUUACAAUUGACCGCGGAAUAUCAUCCUACCUCACUUAUCUAGAGUGCUACUGUGAUAAUUCCUUUCUCACAUCUGUCCAAGGUGAUGGCUUGAUUCUUUCCACAACAUCUGGUAGCACUGCAUAUUCACUGGCUGCUGGAGGAUCAAUGGUUCAUCCCCAGGUUCCUGGAAUACUGUUUACGCCAAUUUGUCCUCAUUCACUAUCAUUUCGACCACUGAUAAUGCCGGAGCAUGUAACAAUACGUGUGCAAGUGCCAUUCAACAGCAGAAGCCAUGCGUGGGCAUCGUUCGAUGGCAAGGGCAGGAAAGAGUUGGGACCAGGGGAUGCACUUGUGAUUAGUAUGGCCCCAUGGCCUGUUCCCACAGCAUGUCUAAUUGACUCAACUACUGACUUCUUCCGCAGCAUACAUGAAGGCCUCCAUUGGAAUCUCAGGAAAGCACAGUCUUUCGAUGGCCCUCGAGAUACAUAACUAAUCCCUUACCUCUUUCUUCUUUCUUCUUUCUUCUCAUGAGUCUUACUUCUCAGUUUCAAGUUUCAUCUGCGAGGAUAAGAAAUAAAAAACAGAGAAAGAGGAUCUAAUUAGUAAUUUGACGACUGUCACGUUUUCAUCAUGGAACACUUUAGUAUAUGUUAGAACUUAGUCGAGUGUAUUGCAAUGUAUUCAUGUAAAAGCCACCAGUUUGUAUGAGAAAUUUGUGAACAGAACAUUUUCAUAUACUAUCACUUGUACACUAAAUAGCAAAAAUAGUCUAAUGGCUCAUUUGAAUUUGACUCAUUAUUGU